AUGAUUGCUGGUCACGCCUCUCUUUCCAUCUUCGCCCGAUCUACCUCUCGACUGUCUCGCCCUACUAUCUACCCCGGCCUUCCUGGAUUCGUACGAACAAUGUCGGCAACAGCUCCGCGGCCCGAUCCCUUUCGCCCCGCAAAGAGAGUAGCGGGGCAACGACAGGAUGUUUGGUCUAUUGUCAAUGAAGCAGCCGCUGCAUCGCCUGUCCAGCCGAUCGUGAACAUGGGCCAGGGAUUUUUUGGCUACAACCCUCCGAAGUUCGCGAUUGAUGCUGCAAAGGAAGCUCUCGACCGGGUGGAAUGCAAUCAAUACUCUCCGACCAAGGGUCGCCCUCGUCUCAAGAAGGCCAUUGCGGAUGCGUAUUCGCCUUUCUUCGGCAGAACCCUGAACCCAGAAACCGAGGUCGCAAUUACGACUGGAGCCAACGAGGGAAUGUUGAGCGCCUUCAUGGGAUUCAUUGAGCCCGGUGAUGAAGUAAUUGUUUUCGAGCCAUUUUUCGACCAGUACAUUAGCAACAUCGAGAUGCCCGGUGGUACUAUCCGCUAUGUUCCGCUCCACCCUCCCAAGGAUGGCGCUACCAGGACAUCCUCAGCUUCUGAGUGGGCUAUCGAUUUUGAGGAGCUGGAAAACACCAUCAAUUCUAAGACCAGAAUGAUUGUCAGUUCUCAACUCACCGUAAGAACUUCGAUAUCGCAAUAUAUGUCUAUCGCUAAUUAUAUCAGUCACAAUCCCGUUGGCAAGGUGUUUUCACGAGAGGAGCUCCAGCGCAUUGGUGACCUCUGUGUGAAAUACAACCUGAUCAUCCUGUCCGACGAGGUCUACGACCGCCUCUUUUAUGUCCCCUUCACCAGAAUUGCAACCCUUUCCCCCGAGCUGUACGAGCGCACCAUAACCGUGGGCUCUGCUGGCAAAGCCUUCUAUGCCACCGGUUGGCGUGUAGGAUAUCUCAUCGGACCCGAGCAUUUGAUCAAGUAUGUGGCUGGUGCACACACCCGCAUUUGUUACAGCAGUGUCUCUCCUCUCCAGGAAGCAGUUGCUGCUGCUUUUGAGGAAGCCGACAAGGUGGGAUUUUGGGAUGAGAGUCGGAAUGAGAUGAAGCAGAAAAUGGACCGAUUCUGUGAGAUCUUUGACGAGUUGGGCAUUCCGUACUCGGAACCAGAAGGCGGAUACUUCGUCUUGGCCAACAUGUCCUCUGUCAAGCUCCCCGCAGACUACCCAUUCCCACCGCAUGUGGCCAACCGCCCCCGUGACUUCAAGCUUUGCUGGUUCUUGAUCCACGAAGUUGGGGUUGCUGCGAUCCCGCCCACGGAGUUCUAUACUGAUGCUAACACGCACAUUGCUGAGGACUAUCUCCGAUUUGCCGUGUGUAAGAACGAUGAUGUUCUUGAGAGUGCCAAGGAGAGACUACGUGGUCUGAAGAAGUAUAUCCAGUGA